AUGACCGUCUACCCUGAUCUCUACGAAGCCUCGGGGCUGGCCUCUCUUCCCGGUGACGUUGACGGUUACAUCUCUAUUUGCGGUUACGGUUCCCUCCUCUCCGAGAAAAGUGCCAGAUCAACUUUUCCCAAUCUAACUAACUUCCGAACCGCCAGAUUAACCGGAUUCCGCCGUCUCUUCUCGGUUGUAGCACCUGUCUUCUUCACUCAUGGCAUCGCCAACCUUACAACUCAGGAAAUUGCUGGCCUCUCUGUUGAGCCUUGUCAAGAUGAAACAAUUAUAAUUACUGUUUUUGAUAUCAACAAAACUGAGAUUCCAGCUUUUAUUCAAAGAGAGCGUGAAUACAGCUUUUUACCCGUUUUUCCUGAAUCACUAGAUGGGAAGCCCUUUACCAAUCCAGCAGUCCUUUGUGCAUCUUACACUGAUGAGGAAUUCUUUAAAUAUAGAUGCAGUGAAGGAAGGGAAAUAUACUUUAAACAAUAUGGAGAGUACAAUAUCCAUAAAAUUUGGCGGGAUAACGUAUUUCCAUGUCGUGUUUAUCUUCGACACUGUGUUCUGGCUGCAAAAAGUCUCGGCAAUGAAGUUUACAAUAACUUCUUGGACCAUACCUUCAUUGCUGAUCGAAAAACAACAAUACGCCAGUACUUUGAGAAAACAAGCACAGGCAUCAUGGAAGAAGAGCCUCCUGAAUCAUUAAAAACACGUUAUGGUGGUUGA